AUGAAUGAGGAAAAUGGGUUAGAUGUGGUUAAUAAUGCUGUACUAGCUCAUGAGAAUCUGGGUCUAGAGGAAGAUGUAAUGGAGUUAGACGGGAAUGAAAAUGGUUUGGUAGAGGAUGAUGUAGUGGCUUGUGAUGAGGAUGGUUUUCAGGAUUUAACUAAUGAUGAUAUAGAGAGGAAUAAGGAACCGGCUCAGGAAGGAUUGACUGAUCCUAAUUUGGAUGAAGCUUCACUAGGAGACGAGGAGGGAAAGGAAAAUGUCAUGGGUGCUGGAGAAAGAUUAACUCUGGUUUUAUCGUUCUUCAGAAAGAUCCUAGUUGGUUCUAUCGUUUUUUUUUUAAAUUAA